ACAUUACAGAAUAGCAUCCUAUUCCAGCUAGCUAAGUUGUCUGGCUUGUGUUCUACAGAUUUGUUAGCUUUUUAGUUGAAUGUUUUAGUUUAUUUUGUUUUGUAGGAAAGCACCAUGUCGGUGGCGUUUGCACCUCACAGACAACGUGGGAAGGGUGAUAUAACACCAGCUGGAAUUCAAAAGUUAUUGGAUGAGAACAAUCAACUGAUUCAAUGUAUAAUGGACUUCCAGAGCAAAGGAAAGACAGCAGAAUGUUCACAGUACCAGCAAAUGCUCCAUAGAAAUUUGGUUUACCUGGCCACGAUAGCUGACUCCAAUCAGAACAUGCAGUCUCUGCUUCCUGCUAAGUGUGACUCCCCUACUCCCCCAGAGGUAAAGUUUGAACCACCCACUCAGAACAUGCCAAUGGGUCCUGGCGGGAUGAACCAGACCGGAGCUCCAGGCCCCCAGCCCCCCCAUGGACACACCAUGCCCUCUGAGGCCAUGGUCAGCGGUGGCCCUCCAGCCCCACACAUGCAGAACCAGAUGAACGGUCAGAUGCCCGGCCCUAAUCACAUGCCCAUGCAGGGCCCCGGGCCAGGCCCCAACCAACCUCCCAACAUGCCCGGCAGCGGCUCCAUGAACAUGCCCCCCAGCAGCCACGGUUCCAUGGGCGGCUACAACCAUGCCGUGCCCUCCUCCCAGGGCAUUCCAGCUCAGGGCCAGAUUAACAUGACCCAGGGGCAGGGACCCAUGGGCAACUAUGGCCCCCGGCCCAACAUGAACAUGCAGCCUAACCAAGGGCCCAUGAUGCACCAGCAGCCUCCCUCCCAGCAGUACAACAUGGCUCCUGGGGCUGCUGGGCAGCACUACCAGGGCCAGCAGAAUCCCAUGGGCAUGAUGGGUCAGGUCAACCAGGGCAACCACGUGAUGGGACAGAGGCCCAUGCCCCCUUACAGACCCCCACAACAAGGACCCCCUCAGCAGUACCCAGGGCAGGAAGACUACUAUGGGGACCAGUACAGUCACGCAGGACAGGGAGCCUCAGAAGGUGAUAGUGGUUACGGGUUGCUACAUCCACCGUAUCCUGAUCAAGGCUUUGAUUCCUCACCACAGUACUACCAAGGAGAGCGAGACCCAGCAGCCAACCAACAGUCCCCCUAUGAAAAAGAUCAUGGUAAUGCCCAGUAUGGCCAGCAGCAGGAGGCCUACCAGCAAGGCCCUCCCCAGCAGCAGGGCUACCCUCCACAGCAGCAGUACCCUGGACAGCAGGGCUACCCAGGGCAGCAACAGGGCUACGGUCCCUCCCAGGGAGCCCCAGGCCAAUACCCCCAGGGUUACCCCCAGGGCCAGGGACAGCAGUACGGGGCCUACAGGGGCCCCCAGCCCGGCCCCCCUCAGGCCCAGCAGCAGCGCCCAUACCCAGGCUACGACCAGGGACACAUGAGGAAAUAAAGGCCCAGGGAUUUGAACCCCUGACUAGCUCUGUAAGAAGCAAAGGGUCAGUAUGGAAAUUACCAGCAAUGAGAGAUGGUCAUGGCAGUCACUCAGUCACCAAGAGCACUGCUCUGACCUCUAAACUCUUGACCUCUGUACAACUGUAAUCUGGACUUUUAGAACGGCUGCCGCUCACACAUUCACACUCCUUGUGGUCCUUUACGUGAAGUGUCAUUUUUGUAAAUGUGGAUAAUGAGAAGGUUUUUGUCCACUUCCAUCACUCCCCUUCUGGUCUGAGUUUUAGUCUCAAAGCAGCAAUGCCUUAAAAUGAAACAGAGCUGCCUUAUCCAGAGCACUGCAGAUUUGUGAAACUGGCCAAAAAAUAACAAGUAACAUUCAUUUUUCUGGAUACCACAGAGGACAGAAAUGUACAGACCUGAAGUUCACACUCUCAUAGUGCAGUGUUUCUCAAUCCAGUAGACCCCCAUCCAUAAGAAGCAAUAAUGCCAGUGGGAUUGGGAGGGUUGGGGCGGAGGCCGUGCGAGAUGAAUCAGAAAGAAAUUCUGUCAGGCCGUGGUACAUGUCAAGGUCAACAUAUGUCAUGUAAAAAUGUAUUUUAUGCUUUUUAGAUGGAAAUAACUUUGUAUAAGAAUUUGGAGACUAGAAUUGUUGAAUAUUGUUUCUUUUUAGUAUUACGUCUCAACCAGAAAAAGGAAAAAAAAGUGUAGUGAGGAUAUUGUCUUCAUCGCCCUUUUGUUUAUUUGUUCCCCCUGAAUUAUCUUUGCUUCUUCAGUGACUUGUACAAAAAGUAUGUGCUUGGGGUUAAUAAAUCCGAUGCCUUGGUUUUAUGUAUAUAAGAAAGCCCUAUAAAAAAAAAAUACUGGGAACAUACCGAUCUUUAUUGAAGCACCAGUGCUGAACAUUGUUUUCAUUGUUGUAACAGAACGAUGACCUGUGAGUGGCUGUAUUCUGACUUGAGAUGUGUGUCUAAGAUAAGGGGCUGGACCCAUACUCAAAGUCUCAGAUUAGGAGGGCUGAAUUGGGAUUUGUUUUUCCUUUGAAAUGACAAUGUAAUACACGGAAAUUGAGCCUGGCCCUAGAUUAUCACUCCUAAUAUCAGACGCUUUAUGAAUGUCCUAGAAGUUGGAAGCAGCCUUGGCGCUUCAGUGUGUUCUGAUAUUGGCAGCAUAAGGGGUAUGUUCAGUUGGGGGAUAUUCCAAAUGUAGGCCUAAUAUAAAUUAGGCACAUCUCUGUUCCAUGUGAUCUUCCCGAUCGUCUUUUAAAUGUUAUUUGCAUCUUUAGUCAUUCUACUCAUGCUGAAUAUUCCCAUUAUCAGCAUGGGGGAGUGCUUUCAUCACCUACUGUCUAGUCAGGCUCACUCUUUUAUUCAGAAUAUUUGCCCUCACCUAGCUGGGUUCAGUAUGACGACUUUACAAAUGCAGGAAGCCAUUUUUCCCUGAAUAAACUUAAGUUGUUGUCAUUCAAAAAAUGGUAAUGUUGUGAGUUAUCCAAGAACUGAAAAAUGUGAGUUAUGUAUAGUUUAACAUCAUUGACUCAGUGUUGUCUUUUGAAGCUGUUAUGCCUUCAGGUUUCUUAUGACAACACAGGUAGUGACUGGUAGUGCUACUUCCUAAAACCUUGGGCUUCAUGUUAAUGUGUACUACUACGCGAACACGCAGGUUACAGAGAAGUACAUCAUUGGUUUCCAGUCAGCCUCAAAGAUGCUAACAUUGGUGUUCUGUAGUACGUAUGUUGUAAUGAAGGGUUUCAUUCUCAUUAAGCGCCCUGUAGGCAACAUGACUGGUUGUUACUGUGUCAUUGUGAUGUGAAACUGUACAGUAUGUCUGAGAAAUCGCAACAAUAAAUUGCUUGACUUUU